UCCAUUUCCAUUCUACGUGUCCGACAUUCCCGACUCUUUGCGCACAACAUCGCCCAGUAGAACAAAUCAUGGCUUUCAACAAAGAUGAAAUGCAUGCUCCCCAAUGGAUGGAUGAUGCAUUUUUUGAGAAAGUGCUUAAACAUUCGGAAAACGAUUCCGAUCUAUCAGUGAGCGACAGUAAACUCAUCCCAGGUACUAAACCGGGAGACCAUUUCGCGAGUGUCAUUUUCCGCGCCAAAGUCACUUAUAACAGCCGUGGCAAGGAUUGUGAAAUAUCGCUGAUUAUUAAAACGAUUCCUGCGCAGGAAGGUAUCAAGAAGGACCUCCUCAAAGGAGGGGAGAUUUUCGGAACGGAAACCAUCAUGUACCAAACGGUGAUCCCGGAAAUGGUACGUCUGUUGCGUUCGGUUGGAGACAACACGGAGUUUGGACCGAGGCUCCUAUACUCUUCAAACGACCCAUUCUGGGUAAUGGUAUUCGAGGAUAUCACCAAACGAGACUACCAAAUGAAGUAUCAUCAGUUGAACCUCGUCGAUGCUAAGAUUGUGUACACAAAACUGGCACGAUGGCAUGCUGCUUCAAUAGUUUUAUCUGAUACGGUGCCAGUUAUUCCUAAGUUAGACAAAAGCCUCAUAGCUGUAAUGCAUACGGAUUUCAGUAAAAUGUGGAUAGCGAACAUAGCUAUACUGGCCAAACUCUGUCACGGAUGGUCUGGCUAUGAAAAGUACGGUGACCGUUUGGACAGCUUAAAGGACACCAUCAUAACCAAGCUAAAAAACAUCUUUCAACUUAAGGACUCCAAUCUGUACAAUGUGCUGAACCAUGGCGACUUACAUUACAAGAAUAUGAUGUACAAAAUCAAGGAAGGCGCUACGAAAGACAUUAUGCUGCUUGACUAUCAAAUGAGCUUCUGGGGGACUCCUGCAUGCGAUAUUAUCUAUUCAUUGUACAAUACAUGCUCGAUAGAGACGAGAGACAAUCAUCGCGAUGAGCUGAUCAAGUUCUAUCACGAUGAGUUCACAGCUACGUUGAACAACUUGGGUUAUCUAAAGAAAAUUCCGACUCUGGUUGAUUUACACGUGGAAAUUCUGAAGUGCGGAUAUUUAGAAACAUUCCUGUCGUGUACAUUCCUUCCUGUCAUGAUUUUACCAUUCGAAGAGAUCAUGUCCGCAUCUGCAAUUGAGAACCCAGAAGAAGGAGUUGAUCUUGACCUUGGCGAUAAGGAUAAGUUGGAAGCAAUGAUGCUGAAAAUAUUUCAGCAUCCCAAGUACGUUUCUGUAAUCCAGCGAUAUUUGCCUGCUCUGCUUCAUAGAGGAUUUUUAGAGUUAUGAACAAACUAAUAAUU